AUGAUGGACUUUGCUGCUGCUACUUCUACUGGUACACCUGCUUGGCUGCUAGGAGUCAAGAAUCUGCUGCUACCGGGAUGGAUGCCUCUGAGCUUUCCUACUUCGUCCAGUAUGGCACGGAUAUCAUCGGAAGAGGGAGAAUCAGAGACCUUUUUCACUCUUCCCACCUGGAUAGUGGUACAAAUAGCCAAACUUCAAGAAGAUCCAGCUACACUAUUUCAUACCCUUUUGGUUUCAUUGGUCAGUGUGACAGUGUUGGCGAGGCUCUUGCAAUAUAAUCCAGGAACAACAAGAAACACAACAAGCAACAACGACGACGACGAUCAGUGCACGUCAAAGAAACCACCAUCCAUGUGUGCCACGCAAUGGAAGUUUCUGUCUGUCUUUUGGUGUUUACGAACUUCCUUUUGGAUGAGUGGUCCCUACUUUUACGCUGCCUACGCGAGCAAGGUAUUGAGCAAUGGGCAGCCCGUCACACCACAAUUAAUUUCGUACAUUUCCUUGGUGGGCUAUGCCAGUAUCGCGUUGUUGGGUCCCUUGUUGGGAAAACUGGUAGAUCAGUACGGACGCAAAUUGGGGACACUGGUGGCAUGUUUGCUCUAUGGAGUGGGGUGUCUGUCCACCACCACCAAUCACCUGUGGAUGCUCUUUGCUGGACGAGCACUGGGCGGAUUGGGGACCAGUUUACUCAGUGCCGCACCCGAAGCAUGGUUGGUCAGUACUCUGCAAGGACAAAUCAAAGAGACAUUUACCAUUGCGUAUGCCUAUGAUCCUGUUGUGGCCAUUGCAGCGGGACAAUUGGCGGGAUGGGCUGCCAAUAAAACGGGACCCACCGGACCCUUUCAAUUGUCGCCGUUUUUUCUACUUACGGGAGGUUUAUUGGCGGCCUUUUUGUGGUCCGAAAAUAAAGCAGGUUCAGCGAGUAGUAAAAAGGACAACAACAACAACAAGGAAGAAGAACCAAACAACAUACGGAGACCAGAAGAAUCAGAAGACGACGUUACGGAAUCGUCGUCCGACGACACUGCUAGCGACGAAGGCAAGGACGAAGAGGAGAAGAAAAAGAAAAAGAAAAGCAGCCCGUCAUCUAUCGGAGACGCACUGCAUGUUGUCUUGAAUGAUAAAAAGAUUGCCUACUUGGGUGGUGUCCAGGCUUUCUUUGAAGGUGCCAUGUACAUUUUUGUCCUCCAAUGGCCACCCAUGUUCAACAAGGCUAUCCAACUGGCAUAUGGGGCCGAUGCUGUCACGCCGUAUGGCACUGCAUUUUCCUGCUUUAUGGCUUCUUGCAUGGCCGGGUCGACCCUCUUUGGAAUGCUCAGUCGGAGGAACAAACAAGCCAACAAUAUACAAUUCGAACGACAAACCAUUGUCCUCUUGGCCGUGGCAACAGUUUCGUUACUACUGGCAACGUGGACUGUCUCGGACUAUAACAAUUCUCCGCCACAAGAACAACUGCCCAAACUCAUCUUUGCAUUCUUCACAUUUGAAGCAUGCGUUGGCAUGUACUUUCCGUCGAUUGGGACCCUCCGAUCCACCUAUCUCCCUGAUACACAUCGCAGUGUCCUCAUGACGUUGUUUGGAGUGCCUCUCAAUGCCAUUGUCGUCACGGUAUUUUUACUGGUUCCCAAGUUGGGUGCUCAAGGAGCCAUGCUAGUGGCUGCGGUAUGCUUGGGGUUGGCCACGGCCUGUAUGACAGGAUUGUACAUUGCAGUGAUGCAAAAGAAGCAAUCGGUACGAAAUAAAUUCCGACAAAUGGUUCGAAAGGUGCAAGUCAUCAAGGAUAUUUCGGGACGGUUGCGAUCCGCAUUGCGACGACGUCGGAAUUCGGCACAUUUGGUGCGGGAAAUAGUACAAGAGAAUCGAGACCAAUACUCGACUCUGGGUGGGCCGCAAUUCUUCUAG